CCGGUCAAUAAUAGCCGUCAGAUUAUCAUAAAUAAUCUCCUUCUUCUAGCGGUUCUCGAAGUUUCUGUCUCGCAAGGGGUUCUUCAGAACGAUGCCAAGGUAUUACUGUGAUUAUUGCGAUACUUAUCUCACCCACGAUUCCCCAUCUGUGAGGAAGCAGCACAAUGCUGGUUAUAAACACAAGGCGAAUGUUAGGAUAUACUAUCAGCAAUUUGAGGAACAACAAACCCAAAGUUUGAUUGAUCAGAGAAUUAAAGAGCAUCUUGGCCAAGCUGCAGCGUACAAUCAGGUUGGUGGUGUGUUUAAUCAGCAUAUGCUCGCUAGACCUCGCCUUCCUAUGAUGCCUUUGCCUAUGGGGAUGCGGCCUCCUGUCCUGCCUAGACCCAUGAUACCUGGUCAAGGUUACAUGCCUCCUCCGGGAGCACCGCAGAUGAUGGCACCACCUGGUGCUCCUCUACCUCCACCGCCACAAAAUGGUAUGCUUAGGCCACCAGGAAUGGCUCCAAUACCAGGUCAAGGUGGUGGACCACCUCCCAAUUAUAAUGGACUUCCUCUUCCUCCGCCUCCUCCUUAUCAUACGAAUCCAGCUGCUGCUGCUGCUCCACCAAGUGGUGGUGGCUUCAACAAUCCGAACACCAGUGCUGAAUCUCCGGAAAGCAAUGAGUAGAGAGUUUAGGGAUUUUUUUAUCCUGCCAGAGAUUCUCAGAGCUCUUGUUUAAUAGUAUCUUUUACCUUUUCCUAAUCCAAUAUACAGUAUGUGAAGAGGUUUAGAAGUAAUUCAUGUCUUUCUUUCAUGUGAUAGAUAGAUUCUCAUUUCGGUAGAAUGAUUUAGAUCUAAAAGUUAUUGUGGUCUCUUGAAACAAACAGGUAAGAAUAUGAAAGGGCUUGGUGAAAUGGUUUUAAUCAGUGCUCGAAGCCUUGUCUUGUCCCACUUAAUGAUACUUGUAACCUACUUGACAUAGUAUUGGUUUCGCUUGCA